AUGGACCAUAGCAGCUGGAGCGGAAGCGAGAGCCCUGCAGACGACAUGGAGAGGAUGAGCGACGAGGCCGACAAGGGCAUGGACGGGGACCCCGAGGGGGUGUGGAGCCCCGACAUCGAACAGAGCUUCCAGGAGGCGCUGGCCAUCUACCCCCCCUGUGGGCGCAGGAAAAUCAUCCUCUCAGACGAGGGAAAGAUGUAUGGUCGCAAUGAAUUGAUAGCAAGAUACAUCAAACUAAGAACGGGAAAGACAAGGACAAGAAAGCAGGUCUCCAGUCACAUUCAGGUUCUUGCCAGACGGAAAUCUCGGGAGUUUCACACCAAGCUAAAGGACCAGAGUGUGAAAGACAAGGCACUGCAGAGUAUGGCCUCCAUGUCCUCGGCUCAGAUUGUCUCUGCCACUGCCAUCCACAACAAGCUGGGCCUCCCAAGACCCACCUUCCCUGGGGCGACAGGGUUUUGGCAGGGUAUGAUAUCCACUGGCCAGCCUGGAUCCUCACAAGACAUUAAGCCAUUUUCCCAGCAGGCCUACCCCAGCCAGACAGCUGUAACGACUACCAUCUCACCGUACGAGCCCCCCACGGCUACAGCCCCGGCCUGGCAGGGACGCUCCAUCGGGACCACCAAACUCAGACUGGUGGAGUUCUCUGCCUUCCUGGAGCAGCAGAGAGACCCUGACACUUACAACAAACACCUGUUUGUGAGCAUUGGACAGACCAACUACUUGUACAGCGAUGCCCUACUGGAGGCUGUGGACAUCCGUCAGAUCUACGACAAGUUCCCAGAGAAGAAGGGAGGACUGAAGGACCUCUUUGGAAAGGGCCCUCACAACUCCUUCUUCCUGGUCAAGUUCUGGGCUGACCUGAACUGUAACAUCCAGGAUGACUCUGGGGCCUUCUACGGUGUGAGCAGCCAGUAUGAGAGCUCUGAGAACAUGACCAUCACGUGCUCUACCAAGGUGUGCUCCUUCGGCAAGCAGGUGGUCGAGAAGGUCGAGACGGAAUAUGCUUGCUUUGAGAAUGGACGCUUUGUCUACAGGAUAAGCCGCUCCCCCAUGUGUGAAUACAUGAUCAACUUUAUCCACAAACUCAAACACCUGCCUGAGAAGUACAUGAUGAACAGUGUCCUAGAGAACUUCACUAUCCUAUUGGUGGUGACUAACAGAGAAACACAGGAGACGAUGCUUUGCAUGGCGUGUGUGUUUGAGGUGUCGAACAGCGACCACGGAGCUCAACAUCACAUCUACCGGCUAGUCAAGGAAUAAGAGACUGAUUCAGUAGAAACGUGCUGGGACAAACUAUCACCGAUCUACCUGAAGGACAGCUUCUGAAGAAUGGAGGGAAGACAUUGAAGGACGAAUUCUUAGUAAUUGACAGAGAUAAAUCGCUGUUGUGAUUGGUUGGUUGUGAGCGGGACAUGAGGCAACCGCCCAGUGAAGCACACCUUCAGAAAGACAACCUUAUGGAAAGUGGCUGUGCCUCUACACAAAUCCCACCCACAAUGUCCUUGGGUUACAUUGGGGUGAAGUUUCUAAUGGAUAAUAUCAUUAUAUUUGUAUUUUGUAUGUAUAUUUGUAUGAGUGCAGCUGUCAAUUUGUGGUACAGUUGUGUGGUGUCAUUUUUCCAGACUGUCAUAUCUAUGGUGUACAUAUGAAGGGGCAUUGUGUAACAUAGGAAGAUGUACUGUGGAUUACAUUUGGAAGCUAUCUGUUUUCUGCAUUUUAUACUGUAGUCAUCACAAUUAUAAACCAAUUACAGAUCUUAGCCUUUCUUAAUUAGAUAAAUAUUAAACAUUAUACAGUUACUACAUACAGUGCCUUCGGAAAGUAUUCAGACCCGUUGACUUUUUCCACAUUUUGUU